GCGCUAUUUGUCUACAUGAUAGGGUAUGACUCAUGACUGGCAAUAUUUGCCUCCUUUUUGUUUCAGCUAAGAAUGGCGACCUAGCCUCUAGCUGCUGUUAUAGUACGUAUCCUAAACGAACACGGCAAAAUGGGCGAGACGCAGCAGUGGUGGGGUUGUGGGGCAAACAAACUGCUAGCUUUCCGGUUCACUGUUACCGUCGCUGGCUUGCACCAACGGUGGAGGAACUCUGCCCAGCUCUCUACGACCUUGGGAGACAUACGCAACACUCCCAGUACGAUAUACCUAAUCGCUCACUCGCUCAUCCUUGCGAGGUCAAAACGGGACACCCGUCGCUUGCAGGAGCAGAGUCUGACUGGGUUUGAUUGGCUAGUCGAGCCGACGACGACUGAGGUGCUGGUGCACUUAUCUCUCGUGUCACGAGCUAU